AGGAGUAGGCUAUUGCAGGCAUCUGCUCCCACGGUGUCCAUCACCCACCAUGCGGUCUCUGGUCUUGCUGUGGAGUUGCCUGAUGCUCCCAGGGUAUGAAGCCCUGAAGGGCCCAAAGGAGAUCAGUGGAUUUGAAGGUGACAGUGUGUCUCUGCAGUGCACCUAUGAGAAGAAGGUGAGGGGAAACAGGAAGUACUGGUGCCGACAGGGUGGACUCGUGCUGUCCCGGUGCUCUGACAUUGUCUACUCGAGCCAGAACCAGGAGGUGGCACAGGGCAGGAUGUCCAUUCGAGACAGCCCCCGACAGCUCUCAAUGACCGUGACCAUGAGGGACCUUACCCUGAAGGAUUCUGGGAAGUACUGGUGCGGGAUUGACAGACUGGGUUUUGAUGAGUCUUUUGAAGUCUCUCUCAUCGUCUUUCCAGGAAAAAGGGACAGUCCCAUCCCCACUGGAACCUGCUGUAUUUCUUCCCCCAACCCUCCCUUCCAGCUUCUUACAGCUACAAGGAACCUGCAGCCCAAGGCAAAAGCCUGGCAGACUCAGGUCCCAGAACUGACUUUUCCUGGUCUCCACCCGACAGUCGCCACAGCCAAGCAGGGGAAGACAGGGGUUAAGGCCCCUGUGUUCACCGGGGCAGCCCCGCCGGCUGGGUCUGCAGGAACCUCCCAGGUCCUCCCAGGAACCUCACCAUAUGCUGGGAGCUCUCCUCACACAGUGACCCCAGCCUGGUCUGCAGGAACCUUCCCUUCCCCAGGAACCUCUCCUCACACAGCGACCUCUCCUCAUGCAGGGAGCUCCCGCCCAGUCAUCUGGCUGUCCCCCACCACAGCAAAGGACUCCAAGGCCACCAGGGUCUCCAAGUCCAGUGUGUCCAUCCCAGUGGUCCGCAUGAUGGCCCCAGUCUGGGUGCUCUUGUCUCUUCUGCUGGCUGCUGGUCUGAUUGCCUUUGGCAGCUACAUGCUCCCGCUCCUGUGGAGAAAGAAAGCUUGGCUGGCCACGGAGACACAGCGGAACGAGAAGGUCCACCUCGCAGCCUCGCCACCAGGGAACACCUGGGUGCCUGAAGAUGCCAUGAUCAACCUUGCGGCGCCUCCCGAGUAUCUCGGUAACCCUGAGCCCUCUACUGUGCCCUCCACAGAGACCCAGCACCUCAGUCAGACUACAGAGGAAGAGGCAGCCCCUCCCCUGGACGCUGAGGAGGACAGGACGGCAGCCCCUCCCCUGCAGAUAUCUGCAGAGGAGCUGGCCUUCUCGGAAUUCAUUUCUGUUUGACGGCAGAAUGUCCUGUGGUCAGGCAUUGUAAAGCUGAAUGGCUGAGUUUGUAUGAAUUCCGGGGCUCUGCUCACACCUCAUACUCCAGGGCUCUGUCCCUUCCUCCAGGCCCCCUUCUUGUGUGUUCCAGAAUGUCAAAGAAGUGUCUGUGGGCCCUGGAGCCCAGGGUGGUAUUUAACAAUUCCAGCCUGAGGCCAGGACUUCCUCCAGUGUGUUCUAAUCCCUAGGAAGAGUGUGGAGCUGUGGACCUUCACCAGGGCCUGGCAAGGCUCAGAAGAUGACAGCUAAGUUUGCAUGGGCUUCAGGAAAUUCCCUAGGCAUGGGUGCCCAAAAAUGGUCCUGCCUCCCAUCCCCCGCAGAUCCCACCUUCUCCUCCCUCCAAUUCUCCUGCGCCAGGUGCUGUGGAGGAGACAACAUAAAACACCUGCAUCCUGGCCCUUCAGAAAAAUAUUAAAACAGAAUUCCCAAGCCCCACACCAAACUUUCUCUGGGGCAAGGCCCUGAACUUCACAGCUCUGACCCAGUAUCCCUACACUUGGACCCAAUGGAUCCUCAGCUCCCUCUUGCUUGGAGAGCCUUCCUUCUCUCUCACAGUGGGGUCUCCUACAUGCUCUCUAGAGCUCUGCCCAUGGCACCAUGGCCACAGCAGGGGCUUCCUGAUGCCUCCCUGAUCAGGUACACAGUGGAGGUGAUGGAGGCUGCUGGCCCAGGCAUUGGUUGCCUUUCCAUUCUCCAUCCUCACGGCCCUGUAUCGGGCACUGGAAGAACAUUGGAGGAAGGUUCUUUAUUGUCCCUGUUCAGAAGGGUUACUACUCCAUGGGCUCUGGAGGCUAGGGGAGGAGGAAACCAGUGUGGGGAGGGGUAUGAGGAAGAAACUAGACUACAGUACUAGAGGGUAAUGCUAAAUCCAGGCCAGCUGGAUAAGGGAAAGAUAGACUGGCUCAACCAUUUUCCCCCCAUUUCUCUGUUUUGUUCUGAAAAAUGACCCAGCAUAUAAAACAUAGCCAAUGUUUUAAGGUCACCUAUAAUCUUACCAAGCCCUGUUGACACCCUGGCCACACUCGGCUGGAUCUCUCUCCUUUCCCCUUCAUGUAUUUUGUGGUUGCUCAUUUCACUGCACGAUGCCCUUCCCUCGUUAUCCCACUGGAAGCAUUCCUUCCGUGUCCUACCAACCUCUUACAAUAAACUGUUUCUCAGCUGUGCAGUA